AUGGCUCCUACCAAAGGCAAGUCAGCGAGAGGUCGCGGAGGCAAAUCGACAAAUAACCGUGGUGCCAGAGUCUACCAUGGUCAGAAUCCUAAACUCAUCCCCAGUGGCGUCGGAACCUCUUCUCACUCGUCGAACCCAAGUUCGGCGACACAGUCAACAGCGCCGGGUGGCUCUCAACAAACACCACGGGCUGGCUCUCAACAACCACCGCCGGCUGGCUCUCAACAACCACCUCCUGCUCGUCGAAAACAACCUCUUGGGCGUCAACAACAGCCUUCUUCUUCUCGUCAACAACAGCCUUCAUCUUCUCGUCAACAGCAGCCGCCUCCUCGUCAACAUCAGCCUUCUUCUUCUCGUCAACAGCAGCCUCCUCCGCGUCUACCACAGCCUCCUCCUCGUCAGGAUCCAGAGGAGCAACAGGUCAUACCACCAGAGCUAAACCUUAAUGAUGAAGACGAUUAUGAGGAAGAAGUAGACGAAGAGCCUGAAGAACAAAAUGGAGAUCAAAAUGUCGACUACCAAGAAAUGUUGGAUCGUUUGCUAGUCCUUCCAGGCCGACAACAUCUUCCACUUCUGUCUCAGAACCCGAUCCCUGGAGUUGAGACUCUCUGGUUUAACCGGCACAAAGGGAAGCUGUCUAGAGUGAUUGCUGGAAUCUUCCGGAGGAAGUUUGAUGGGCCUUACUUCAGUUGGAAGGUUACUCCAAUACCCAUUCGAGAGAGAUACUUCAGAAGUUUUGCGGUAAUGUCAUAUAUACCUUACAUUCUGUUAUUGUUUAAUAUAUAUGACUUAGUAACUUUGCUAACUUAAGUGCUUGUUAUGUAGCGGAAGUAU